AUGGAUUUAAUUUUUUCUGAUGAAGACAUAGAUUCAAAAGUUGCUGAAAAUGAGCUUCACCACCGAUUGCCUCGAGAGUUUUCGGUCGCUUCUUUAAACGAAGAUAUUUCCGACAAUGUUUUUCGAGAGCAGUAUCGAGUCCCAAGACCGGUAAAUUCUAAUCUUUGGAACAAAUUCGAAAAUGGAGAGCUUCCUUUUAAUGGUGCUGUGAUUUUGGCGGACUCAGCUUACCCAUGUCGAGAAUGGUUAAUUCCACCUUUUCCCGGUGAUCCAGACGGUGCACAAAAACGUUUCAACAUUGCGCAUCGGAAAACCAGAAGCAUAAUUGAGCGUUGUUUUGAUAUUGUCAAAAACAGGUUCUAUGCUUUGAAAACAGGAAUUCGCUUGCAUAAGGUUGAAGAUGCCUCUAAGCUCAUUAUGUGUGGAUUUGUUAUCCAUAAUCUAUGUCUUCGAUAUGGAGAUAACGGUAAUGAUUUUGAAAAGGGCGACGAAGAACAAGUUUCUGAAAAUCUAACUCAAGCCGAUCAAAAUGAUGGAGCCUUUAAUAGACGAAAUCAACUUCUUAAUAACUUUACAUAA